AUGCCGAAUCGAUCUGAUCCUUACAAGAUUGCCAUUUUCGGCCCUGGGGACGUCGGAUGUGUCGUGAUCCGAGAGGCAGCGAGGCUUCCCGAGUUUCAGAUCGUAGGGGCUCUUGUUUUCCAGGAAAAGAAAGACGGAGUCGACAUCGGUACCCUUGCUGGGAUUGCGGAAUUGGGAGUGAAGGCCACUCGCGAUCUGGGUAAGUUUUUGGCCAUACCGUGCGAUGCGGUUGUCCAUACGGCGCUCGACGCCCCAUUCAUCAACACAUUGGAGGACUUCAAGAAGCUUCUCGAGGCUGGAAAAAACGUGGUCACUUGUCAUCCGUACAGCUACCUUCCCGCACGGUCGUCAGAGUUUGCGCAAACGAUCAAGGCAGCAGCUCUCAAAGGCCAGGCCACUUUCUACGGUGGCGGUCUCAAUCCUGACUUCAUCACACAGCGCCUCGCUAUACUCCUGACCGGCCUAUCAAAUGAUGUCCAAAGGAUCAAGAUUGAGGAGUAUUUUGACUGUGAAGAUCAGACCAACACCGGUAAUCUCCAGGUGAUUGGUCUGGGGAGUGACCCACAAAAGGCACAGGACGAGAAUGGCUCUGCUAUUUGGUACCAGAAACACUUUUGGUUCCAGAUGAUCGAGCACAUUGCCUAUGAGCUCGGCGUCAAGAUCGACAGAAUAGAAGCCACGAGCAAAUGUGCCCCGGCGCCAGAAGAUAUUGUGCGGCCCGCGAUGACCAUCAAGAAAGGCCAGACAGGAAUCGUUUCCUACGAGUCGAUCGGAUACGUGAAUGACAAGCCCUUCAUCAGUAUCUUGAUCGGCUGGUAUCAAAGUCCGAUCAUGAAGCCAGCACACGUCAAGUCCGAGACUGAAUGGAUCCUGACUAUCGAAGGACGACCUUCAUCGCGCACCGUCCUAGACCUCAAGGCUUCUUUUGCCAGCGAUGCGAAACACGUCGAGGGCGAGCCUAUGCCACCUGGCUACCAUGCUUUCGGUGUCACGCUGCUUCAGUCUGUGCCCAUGGUCGUCGAGGCGAAACCUGGCUUCAAAGCCCCUGACGUUCCACCGGUUCAUUGGAAGAAAGACCAGAGAGUGAAUGUGGCGUCUUGCUAUACCGAACAGUAA